AUAGCUUUACAACGUAAGCCUUAUCGCACCGAAUCAUUUCCAAACACCUUUUUAUAUUAUCUCUUCACCUAAAUUAAAUAAACCUCAUCAUCUCAUUAUCCUUCGCCUACAUGUCCUGUCUUCCUCUCCCUCUUCCUUAAUUUUCUCUCUCUGUAUCUAUCGGUUUCUUCCAAACAACAUUUUUACCGAUUUCCAUCUUUUUCACUCUUGAGGAGAAGGAGAAUAAAACAUUCCUUUUCUUCUUCAUUCAAUCUUACCCGGAUAAAAACACAAAAAAGCAGUAAUAUCCAGCAAAGAACCUUAUUUUCCCGGUUUUCUCAGAUCACGUGGGGCAAUGAGAUUCAAACAAAGAUUGAUGCUUUGAAUUGGAGAAGUGAGAAAGGGAGAGAUCCGAUCGAGCUUUGGAUUUGAUCGUAUUCGGGUUUGGUUUGAAGCGGAUCGUUCGAGGAUGACGAGGAGGUGUUCGCAUUGCAGUCAUAACGGCCAUAAUUCUAGGACGUGUCCGAACAGGGGAGUUAAGUUAUUUGGGGUCCGAUUAACUGAUGGGUUGAUCCGGAAAAGUGCUAGUAUGGGUAACUUGUCCCAUUACAGUAGUGCUGGCGGUGGUGGUGGCUGUGGAAGUGGCGGUGCUACUCCGGUAAAUGGUUUGGCUGCUUCCCAUGAUUCACCCGGCGACACCCCUGAUCAUCCCUCUGCGGAUGGAUAUGCUUCUGAAGAUUUCGUGCCUGGGUCUUCAUCGAGCCGUGAAAGGAAGAAAGGUGUUCCCUGGACUGAAGAGGAACAUAGGAUGUUCUUGCUUGGUCUGCAAAAACUUGGUAAAGGUGACUGGCGUGGGAUUGCACGGAACUAUGUAAUCUCUAGAACACCAACUCAGGUUGCCAGCCAUGCUCAGAAAUACUUUAUUAGACAAACUAAUGUGUCCAGGAGAAAGAGACGCUCCAGCUUAUUUGAUAUUGUUGCUGAUGAACCUGUUGAUGCACCAUUGGUAUCUCGAGAUUUCUUUUCUGCAAAUGGUCCUGAAGCGGAAAUGCAAAGCAACAAUGAAUUACCUGCAGCCUCACCCAUUGCUAUGGAUGAGGAGGGUGAAUCAGUAGAUUCUGCCAACUCCAACGAUGUAGAACCUGAACAGCCUAAUCCAGAUAGCUCUCAGUACUCUUAUCCUGUUGUAUAUCCGACGUAUGUUGCUCCAUUUUUUCCUGUGGCUUUCCCUAUGUGGUCUGGCUACACAGCUGAACCUCCCAGACAACAAGAUUUCCAUGAAGUACUCAAGCCAACAGCAGUUCACUCAAAGAGCCCGAUUAAUGUGGAUGAGCUUGUUGGCAUGUCAAAACUGAGCUUGAAGGAAUCUAUGGGAGAUGGUCGACCUCCUCUGUCCCUGAAAUUGGUGGAUGGCUCAUCAAGACAGUCAGCUUUCCAUGCAAAUCCUUCUUCUGGAACUUCAGGCAUGAACUCUGGCCAUAGUCCGAUUCAUGCAGUGUGAAGACCAUUCGUUUGGCUUAGAAAAUUUCGGAGCCUGUUGAGGUUCCUGUUAAUACAUAACAUCAGUACUUAGCUGGUUUGAGUUGCUUAGAAUUAUUUGUUGGAUUAGCAUAUAAUAAGCUUGGGGUUAGGGAUUGUUGACGCUAGUUUCUGUAGUCAGUGCUCCAUAUAGUUGCUUUAGGAACUCCCUAAAACUUUUAUAAUAUUUUUAGUUUUUUGAGAUGAUUUGGGCCAUGCGAUUUCAUUAUUCAUAUAUGCAUUUGGGGGUCUAGAAUCUCAAGAUCGCAUGCCUUUUGGGAACAGGAUACAAGAAAAUUUUGACGAAGCUGGUGGUGUGGGAUUAGCUACAUUAAGUGCAAAAAACCGGUGUUGCUUUUCUGAACUGACUUUGGACUCCGGAUGGUUAUCGUCAGAGUUUAAGCAUCUACAUUGAAAAAUGAGAUCCCUUGACGAUGAUGAUGACUCCAGGUUUCUAGACUAGAUUAAGGUUUGUGCGACUAAUAACCUUCUUUAUCCCACAUUCCUGUUUCGGAACGAGAUCUGGUAGCAGGGGGAGUAUGAAAGUGAAAACUAGGGAAUUGCAAAGAGCGCAGUAACUGGGCAGAGACGUUCGAGAGCUAAUCUUUGCAUCUCGGCCUAUGUUUGGGGCUGUGGUCUGUGAGUAAUUGAUCCCGAUAUUGGUUUGAAUCAACCCAGGUGUUAUCAUUGUUCAUCAAGAUCACUAAAAUCAUUUGGCAAACUCCACCCUGAUGAGUUCAGUGGGACAUUUCAACAAACAGUUUCAGGAUGGGGCACUCGAGACUGCAGAAGAUGUUACCCGAAGGAAUGCAAUCGUGUCGUGAUUAUAUCAGUGAGUUGCCAGAUGAGAUUCUGGCAAUGAUUCUGUCUGGCUUGGACAUGAAAGAGGCUGCAAGGACCUCUGUCCUUUCUCGUAGAUGGAUAAAGCUUUGGAAACUCUUUGCCGGUUACUUGGAUUUAGAGUCUAAAGUCACCAUGCAUCUCCAUUGCGUCGUGAUGAUUAUUUUACACGUGUUGAUUGUGCAUCUUCCAUUCAUGAUUGGAUCAGCUUCGCCAUUGUUAGAAGGGUUCAAAGGUUUGAACUGGACCUGACCCAUUGUAAAGGAUGCCGGCGCUGGUUUUGAAAAUAAUGGCUAAACUUUCCCUGCCUGGAUAUUCUUUGAUGACUCCCCAGCUUGCGCUGGCUAAUUUCCCUGUGCUUGAAAUCUGUUUCUAUAGCGGAGGAAGAUCUUGAAUUCUUCUUAUCCAGAUGUUUGUUGCUCGAGCAAUAUCGGUGGAGAAUGCUUCUGGUGUAGAUAGGAUGAGAAUUUCUGAUCAAACAAGUAAACUGAAACACUUGGAGAUCAGAUACUGUUUCAACUUUCAAGUUGGAGGACGUAGAGGUUGUCCAUCCGCAAGUUUGACAUCUUUCAAAUAUGCGGGUAAAAGAACAAACAUAUGCUUUGCAAGUGUUCCUAGCAUCUCUUCAAUGUCCACAGAAGUUUGUUUCUUAAUCGGCUUCAGAACUUGGAACUAGGAUUGGGCUUUUGUUAACCAGUUGAGGCGUCUGAACUUCCAUAGCAACUUUCCGGAAUUCAGCUUGUUGAAUUUAUUGGUUGGGUCGGAGUUAAGGCGGAUGUUCAACUUGGUAAAGUUUUGAUCCAUAGUACUGCCAAAUCACUUGAGAAGCGCGUAUUUGAUCUCUCUGGAUUCCGCAUUUCGCUGUGAUUACUGUUCAUGGAGUAGAGAGCUUUUCAUGAAUGGUUCAGAAUGUGCUUUUCGGAUCGCUAUGCAACUCGAAGGGAAACUCUCGCCGGGGCGAAGUUAAUUAUCCUUAAGUCUCUGUUUUAUCUUCAUAUAACUUUCAAAUAGGUGAAACCUUUAAGCUAGAAUCUUCAUUAUCAAAAUUCUGACUUAAAACAUAUGUCCACAAACUAAUCACUCUUCCAUGAGUGCUUGAUAAUGAGAUCCCCACUUCAGGGAUUAAGUCAGGCUGUUUUUUCAGAGUAGCAACCGCAAUUGGCCUAUAGCUAGCCUUCUCACAGCUUUGCUUCCGAUAUCUUUGAUCUGCGCAACAUACAAAUAAGUUAAUUUGGGUUGCAAGUUGCAACAAACAAGGUUUCUACUUUUUUUGGACAAUGGGGGUCGCAUUUACAUGUAAAAGAUGUAUUUUUCCAAGUAUGGACUUUUCAAACCUUUGGCUCCCUUAAUGGAUCUGUUACCAAAGAACUUUUUCCAAAAGAAGUCAAUUUAUUUCAUUCACAAUGAACUUUUGAAAGCACAGUUUCAAAUACAAAUGUAGAGCAAUGUUUCGGAAGUUGAGCAUGCAUCAUUGAUAAAUGGUAACUAAACUCUACAGUGGUAUGAGUUCAAUUUGGUCCACAGUGGGAUAUUGUCGGAUCCAAGGAAGCCGAGCUGGAAUUAACCGGACAGAACCCGUCCCAGUCCUCCUCCUCUGUAGCUGAAUACAGAAAUGCAUCCGGAUUAACUCUUUUAGCCAAUUCCAUGUGGUUCUAAUCCCCAAACAUGGCAACUGAGCAAAGGAAAACAACAAGGCGACCGAAAAAAGAACCGGCCAGAGACGUUCAGGAACAAGAAUCGAUACUAUGGAUGCCAAUGAAAUCGGACCUGAAAAUGCCAAACCCGCGCAAACAAAGAUGUCGCGAGCUCUGUUUAUAUUCAAGUAGGAAGCGCGACGAUGGUGAUUUCUGAAGAAUCGAAGCUUAGCAUCGUACGCGAAGCAAUACACAAUCAAACUUGCAGUGGCUAAGUAAGUUGUUUUCGGGUGGGUUUCAAAAGGGGAUUCAGUUUUUCCCUGGAACUUCACUUGAACGAAGUUCAGUAAUAUUGCUACAAGAAAGGCGAAAAUGGCCUGUCGGGUGGACAUUAUGUCCUGGAAGUGUCCAAGAGUAUAGUAGCAUGUUGUGGUACGAGUGAAAUGAAUAUGGAAGUUUUUGUCUCCCAAGUGGAGGUGAGGAUAGUUUGUUGUCCCGGUUUGAGGCAUUGGAGAAAACUCAGAAAAGAAUGUAAAUUGGAUAGCGCGGAAAAUUAUAUCCGAAAUGCAGAGUCGAAUCACACUCUUACAAGUUACAAGAUUUCUUUGAAUGUCAAAACACUCAAAACUCUUGUUGUAUAUAUAAUUGGAGAAAGCUGUCUAGUAUUCUAUGCGUUUUUAAAUGAUUGUCCAGUUUGAAUUUUCAU